UCCAAAUUUGCCCAACAUUUGGUGCUAUGGCUGUGCAAACAUCCGGACCCGUCGGCGCUGGACAAGUACACAUCGGGUCCGGGCCUCGACUGUACGAACAGCAACGACUUGCCCACCGAUUAUCGCCGGUGUUUCAACAUAUUCUUCAAUCUCGACAAUCCGGACGUUGUCUUCGAGACGGGAGAUAAUAACGCGAUUGCGAUCGGAGACCAGUACAGCAAAUACCUGAUGCUUAACGUACACAUCAAUGUCGCCGAACACGAGUUUCUCAACAGAGACGUCGAAAUCGGGGUUAGACUGUCGUUGGCCGACAAGCAUAGGAAAAACGAGUUGCAACAGAUGAUCACCGGCGCCCAUCUAUCCAUUUACGGAGUACUGGUGCCCCCGAAUCGCCAGAAAACAGAGACGUCGAAAUCGGGACUGUCGUUGGCCGACAAGCAUAGGAAAAACGAGUUGCAACAGAUGAUCACCGGCGCCCAUCUAUCCAUUUACGGAGUACUGGUGCCCCCGAAUCGCCAGAACUUUAUCAAUGUUGGCCAUUGCGCCGCACAGUGUUUUAAAAAUUCGAUGCCAUCCGAAGGGAUUACUAUAACACAUAUUUACCCACAUUUUCAUCAUUUUGGCCGCAAGUUUCGUACCCGACAUUUCCGCAACAAUGAAGAGUUGUCCAAAAUUAUAUCAAUUGAAACGAACGGAUCGAUGGAGGGCUUGGCCUAUAGAAAGCUUAGUCCAGAGGUUAGGCUCACGUCCAACGAUAUAAUCACCACUGAAUGCACAUACGAUUCCACCUCAACCUCCCGGACCCUUAUGACCGAUGCGACAGAUGUGGCCGACGAAGAGAUGUGUCUAUCAUUCUUCAUGGUAUACCCGCGUCUAUAUUACGGCAAACCAUUACCGCAA